GCAUAUUAUUAAAAUAUCUGCGAUAUUUUGCACCUUUCGAAAAAAGAUGGAACGAUCGUUACAUCGUUCGGACAAUAACUUGCUCGAUCUUUCUCGGAAGCGAUAAUUUAAGUUAACCUUGAAUUCACCGUGUAAUCAUUUUCUGGCUGAUAAUUUCUCGAUUACCUAACGACCGCGUCCUCGAAACAAAGUUUCGGCGAGGGGGUAAAGAUUUAUCGAAAAAAAAGAUGAUAGACGCGCGCGCAAAUGAUCGCCGAUCGAGCAAAUUACGCGGAAGAAAUUUACUCGACGUAUUUUCAUUCAUCGAACGUAGUAUCUCUCUGGAAUAUACGAUGCGAUUACGUACGAUGCGAUACGUGUAUGGUAAAAAUAGGGGAGGUAGAUAUAUUUUAUAUACCCUUUCGUUUAUCGUAUUCUUUCUUCUCCGCGAGAAACCGCGUGGAAUUGGCCGGCUCGAGCGAGGAGUUGAGAAUGUAGGUGAGAAUGAUGACAAAGGGGACGAAGCGAAGCAUGUUCGUGACGCGUGUUUCAACCGACGAUAUCAGUACGAUUCGUCUCCAUCCAAUCCGCUGUAUCCCCCGCUCAUGGAGCAAAGUUCAGACUGUACCAAGAACCGAUGCGUGACUGAAACCAUCCCAACGUUGUAUCUUUAGUCUUGGCGGAUAAGGUGGUUGAGUGAAGAAGACGGCUGGAUCGAUCGAAAAGAUAGAAUCAACAGAGUCUAAAAUUAGAGUCGCUCGUUCAUCGUUAAAGUGGAUCGAACAUCGAUUUUCGCCCGUUGAUCGAACAAAUAUAUACAUAUAUAUAUAUAUAUGUAUAUAUACAUAUACAUAUAUAUAUAUAUAUAUAUAAAUAUACAUGUACGUAUCCCGCAGCCAAGCAAAGGACGGAAUUUCGCGAUAAAUAAAGGUGAAAGAAAAGAGAAAAGAGGGUGAGAGGGAGGGAUGGUGAAGGGGAGGAAGGAAACGAAUUCGGGAAUGAGGGUAGAGAGGAGUGGAAAGGUAAAGGAGUAAGGUAAGGGAAGCGAAAGAAGAGAGAAAGAAAGGAAGGAAGGAGAGUUGGUAAGAGAGAAAUUGGUAAAAUGUAAGGUGGAACGAAGCGAGGAUAUAUUUGGAAGAAAAGUGGGAUUCGAGUUGAUGGAAUUAAUCGGCGAUUGGAUCGAUACCGAACGAUUUAUGGAAGAGAGGAGUCGAUGGAAAACGAAUGGACGUUGUACGAUCGGUGAGAUCCUUGGAAAGAAGAUCGAAGAUAGAUAUCGGUGAAAGAGAAUAAUUGGAUCGAGAAAUCGGGAGGCGAGAAGAGAGAGGAGAGUGUGGGAUAUCGAUAAGCGUAAAAAAAUAUAGGAACGAUGCGUCUGAUUCAACGAUUGUUGUUACUUUCCCUUCUAUUGCUGGAUAAUCAAGUGGAAGUCAUUUUACCGAAAGUCACCAAUACCAUUCCUGUCGUUCGAUGGAGUUCUUAUUCGCGGUCGACCAGCUCGACUUCCUCGUCCUCGUCUUCGUUUUUAUCCUCGUUGUCAUCUUUCAAGGAAGAAGAUUGCGCCGGAUGCGCGCAAAACAAAGUUGGCCUGAUCACCGUUACGGAUCCAAUUCUAACGGAACUAAGAGUCGAAUAUGUCAAACAACAAAUCCUCAAGAAGCUACGGCUUUCCAAACCACCCGAGAUAUCGAUGCCGCUCUCGACCUUGCCAAAGCCUCUGAUAAAUGGCCGUGUGCUCGAACUUCGACCCGGAGCGCCACUCGAACCGGAAAAAUCAGUCGACAGUUUUUACGGAAAAACUGAUCAGAUUGUCGUUUUUCCAAACGAAGGUAUUGCCGAUUCGAAAAAGUGCCGGCAAAGAUCGAACCAUUUGACGGCAUGCUUCACGUUUUAUCUACCGAACGAAAUGCAAUUUGUGGACGUGACCUCGGCGCAACUUUGGUUUUACAAGGAAUAUGACGAGAAUGACGACCGGAAUCAAACUUUUGUACUCUCUGAACUCGAUCAUUGGGAUUUGUAUGGAAACUUUGAAAAAAACAUGAUCAUGGCUAUCUUUGAAACCGAUAUCAGAGAGGGAUGGGUCAAGGCCGACGUGAGCUUCACCUUGAAGAAAUGGGUGAAAGAACUUCGGUUAAAUCACGCGAUACAGAUAGCUUGCAGCACUUGCUCGAUCGACCGAGAUACCGCGCCUGUAUCCAUUCGACGAACUUUGAAACCUUUCCUCGUCAUACACACAUCCCCGUUACCGCAAAAAAACAGGCCGAAGAGAAACUCGAAUUGUUUGCCGGAAAUGAAGGAGUGUUGCAGGGACGAACUCUACAUUAAUUUCGAAGACAUCGGUUGGAGCGAUUGGAUCCUCCAUCCAAACGGAUAUCACGCGUACUUCUGCCGUGGAUCUUGUUCUUCCGCAGCUUCGUUAACCAUCAGUGGAUCUCUCUACAAUAAUGUGAUCAGAAAGUUAUUGAGCAAAAAUGGGAAUACGAUACAUCGAAAGAACGAGAUCGUUCCAUGCUGUUCACCUACGCAAUUAUCACCGAUUCAAUUGCUCUACGUUGAUUCGAACAAUACGAUUACGCAGAAAACAUUGCCGAACAUGGUAGUCGAAGCGUGUGGUUGUAUGUGAUUUCGAAAAAUCGAUCGAUUCUUUACAAUAAUGUAAGAUGCAAUCCUCGCAUUAAUCGAUUUUUCCAACUUUUUUCAAUUUCCAUUUCAAACUUCGUUGUACGUAUGUACCUGCCUCGUUCGUUACGAGUAGACAUGCGCGUGUAACUUGUGUGUACAAAAUUCUCCAAUGUUGCGUUCAAUAUGAGAAUAGUACGUCAAGUUUGUGACGAGAAUUAAGAAAAUAACUAAGAAAACGUUACGUUAUAUUUAAAUGGUCUCGACCAAAAGUCGUCUUCCAGAAAGAUCAGAAAUUAUUGUGCGAAAAUAGAGCCGAGAAUGUGUACAUGCAUAAAUUGCCUUUGAUCUUGGCUUUGAUAUCGAACGAAUCGUCGCGUUAUAUUAUAUACGUAUAUGUACAUACUUAUAUAUAUACAUAUAUAUUAUUUACGCUAUUCUCAUUAUUAUACAUAUGUAUGCAGAAAUUUACCAUUUUUUUAAUUUUUCGAGAACGAUAUUUAUAAAUUGAUAAGUUGAAUACAAAGUUGCGUAAUGUCGAUCAGGAUCACAUGCUUAUAUGCGUACAUAUUGCGUACAUAUUGCGUACAUAUUGCGUAAAUAAUCGAAACAGUAUUCAUUUUCUAGCUAUAUUUUCCGUUAUCGUAAAAAUCGUACGUUUAAACUAUUAGUUAUUUCAUAUUUAAUCCAAAGACAAUUGUAUAAUUACGCGCGCACGUUUUGAUAAAAUAUAUUUAUUAUUGAAUCAAAUCAGUUAUAUUAGAAUAGAUAAACAAUCGUUGAAGCUUACGAUACGAGAGAACUUGCUUCUAUGAUAAAUUCACUUUGACUAUUUUUUCUUUUUUAUGAAAAAAGUGAUACAAUCGUUCCCACUUAUCCUAUUAUUCCUAUGUUUACGGAGGGAAUCGAUCGUAAGAUAUUUCUGCACUAUCAUUAUAUUUAUUAUCAUUUAAUUGAAACAAUAGAAAAAAAUAAUUAACCGAUCAAAUGAAAUUAUUAUACCAGAUAUAUUUUUAUUCUACGUAUGCGUAUCGAUUCUAAAAUACAUUGUUAUUUUAUUUUUGUUCCAAGCAUUAAUAAUAAUUGAGAAAUUGCAAAUACUACUGCAAUGAACGAAUGAAAUAAAAAUAAGAUAGAGGGGCUAAAAAAUAUUUUAUAAUUACAAAUCAAAUAUGCGAUUUUAUAUUUCUGUAAUAUACUUUGUUCUCUUUAUACAGAUUCAAUGAAUAAAUAAUUGAUUGGGACGCUGA